AACGGCUGCCUGCCACAUUCUGAGGCGUGAAGCCUGUGGAGAUUCCACGCUUUUGCACCUUCUGUAGAGAUUGCACCAUGGCAUGUACGAAAUACUAUUUCAGUCGUGACUAUUACGGUAUAGGCUUCUAUGAAGAAGAAGUAACGACUGAACCGCAGCAAGGGGGAGCUGCAAAAUCAAAUGCUAGCCGUUCUGAAGAAGUUGCGGGAAUCCUGGAGGAGCUGGGCCACUUCAAUGCUGUGACUGACCACAACUACAUCCGUGAAGUGAAAAACAGCAUCCGUGGGAAGUCCCGUGAACCUGCACGUGGAAGGCGUGAGCCGGUUUUUCGGAAGCCAACCACGUGUUGCCGAAAGCAAAACAAGCUCACUCCUGAACAAACAGUUGAACUAGACAGAGUUUUCGAAGAAACUCAUUACCCCGAUGCACUCCAAAGGAAAGAGCUUGCAGAGCUUCUCAAUGUGGAAGAAUGCACUGUGAAGGUUUGGUUUAACAAUCGGAGAGCCAAACUUAGGAAACAUCAGAAGGCAUUACUUAGAAAAAGCAUCAUUCCCAGUAAACAGAACCACUUUUCAAACCUGAAGAUUCUGACAGAAACCAAGAAUGUCGUUGUCCUUCAGGAGCCUCUUUGGGAUGAGGUUUUCUGCUAUAGGCCACAUGCUGGCCACCCAAAUUGGCAGUGACAUUGUCUCUUUAUAUAAAUAGCAAUAAAUGCAGAAU